AUGGACCCCAGACUCCUCCAACCGCGAUCCUACAAUGCCUCAAGCAGCCUCUCGCACUUUACCACCGCGCACCCAGGUGCACCACACACCCACUCGCAGGGCGACAUCCGCCAAACAACCAUGGAACUCUCCUGCCUUCCAGCACCCACCGCAGGGCCCACACCUACACCAGGCUCCUUCAAACGCCCUCCACCUCCCCCGACUAUCCCAGAAUUCGAACAUGAUUCCGAUACGACCUCUGGGUUUAUCUUCCCAGCGGCAUCGCCUUCGGGGACUGGACAUACCGAGUUGCCUGCUAUCACUACUACACCCCACCGCGGAGAUGUUGAUGGACACGGGGACACUGAUAUCACGACGACACCCGCGGAUUCACUCACGACGUCGAUCUCAUCUCUCGUUUCUGGAUCGUCUGUGACUCCCUCUUCUGCAUCAAGCGAUGCUGCUGUUACGGGCGCAUCUGGUAGCGUUCACCAUGGCCACCAGGAACGGCGCCAGCCUAAAAGACCGUCUGGUCUAUCCCUUCUUCGUCCUCUGUCAAGUUCUUCUUCCUCCGCGUCUUCUUCCUCUCCUUCCCCUCCCCGUUCCCCAAGUUCGAUUGGGGCUUUGCGUUUCCCGGCGUCGUCGUCACCCGCGCGGGGAUCCGGCACUGCACGAGCACGCGUCGAAGGCUUAGAGCGCGCUGGGAGCCAGACGGACGACACGACGACGCCCAUGGGCACACCACGACCUACACACCGGCCAUUGCAGUCGGACCCCGCGCGUUUCGACGACUCGGCCAUCAUCGAUGUCGACGAGCAUACUCCUCUGUUGCGACAGAAAGGCCAGCCCCAGCCGGUUUCGGUCUCUGCCUCCGCACAUGUGUCUGCGAGUCCGGAUUCAGGACUCGUCCCGCCUUCUUAUCUCACCGCACCCGAGUCCUCACACGCGUCCACGCCGACGCCCAAGCCCUCCUCGUCAUCUCCUCCUCUCCCUCUGGCAUCUCCUGGGCCUCUCGCGUUGGACGGCAGCUCACGCCCACAAACAUGGAACGCAACCGCGCAGAUGCUCCACCAACGCUGGGCCAAUCUGAAGCACGAUAUCAAACCUUCAGAGGUUCGACGUCGGGUAAGGGAGAUGGACGUCCUCGGGACGCCUGUACGCUCGAUACCGGCGGUGUUGUUGGGUUGUUUGUUGAAUAUUUUGGAUGGGGUUUCUUACGGCAUGAUCAUCUUCCCCGCGACAGGCGUCUUCGCCCCCCUCGGACCUAUGGGCGUCUCCAUGUUCUUCGUCUCGGCCGUCGUUGCCCAGCUCGUGUACACCCUUGGAGGGAGUGGGUUUGCGGGUGGGAAUGGGAGUAUGAUGAUUGAGGUUGUGCCCUUCUUCCACAUCCUAGCCAACAGCAUCGCCGCCCAAAUCGGCGAAGACCGUCCAAAGGAAAUCAUUGCAACCACGCUCGUCGCGUACGCGUUCAGCUCCGUCCUGACGGGUGUAACGUUCUUCCUCCUCGGUGCGCUCAGGCUGGGUGUGUUGGUUGGUUUUUUCCCGAGGCAUAUUCUUGUUGGAUGCAUAGGCGGCGUCGGCGUCUUCCUCAUCCUCACCGGUUUCGCCGUCGCACUCCGCGUACCCGACGACGAACUCACUUUUUCACUCGAGACGCUCCGCUUCAUGUUUCUGGAUACGCAUAACUUGGUGCUGUGGCUUCUGCCGUUGGGUAUGGCGGUGCUGUUGAGGGUUGUGACGCAGAGGUGGCAUCAUCAGUUGAUUUUUCCUAUUUAUUUCAUGGCGAUCCCGGUGCUAUUCUACGUCGUCGUCCUCGUUGCGCGUAUGGAUCUCUCACAACUCCGGACUGAAGGCUGGCUUUUCGACAUUGCGGAUUCGGCACAUGAACCGUGGUAUCAGUUUUAUUCUUACCUCGACUUCCGACUGGUGCAUUUCGCUCCGCUGUGGUCGACGCUGCCUACCCAGUUUGCGCUGCUGUUCUUUAAUAUCCUCCAUCCUCCCUUGAACGUACCUGCUCUCGCCGUCUCCCUGGACAUGGACGUCGAUUCGAACAAAGAGCUGGUAGCUCAUGGAUACUCGAAUUUGUUAUCUGGGUUGCUCGCCUCUGUCCCGAAUUACUUGGUUUAUGUGAACACGCUUUUGUUCUACCGCGUAGGCGGCGACACCCGAAUCUCGAGCUUCCUCCUCGCCGUUGCGACGUUUGGGCUACUCGUUAUCGGGACUGGGCCCAUUGCUUACCUGCCCGUUAUGGUCGUCGGCGCUCUUAUCUUUGUGCUUGGGAUCGACCUUGUCAAGGAGGCCUUGUGGGAUACGAGGCAUCGUGUUAGUCGAUCGGAGUAUAUCACCAUACUGAGUAUCAUGAUCACCAUGACAGUCUGGGAUUUCGUUAUUGGCGUGUUAUUCGGGAUCGUGGUCAGCUGUUUCUUCUUUGUGGUACAAAACUCGCAUCGGAGGAGUAUUCGAGCGAUUUUUACUGGGGAUACGGCGAUGUCUGCUGUGCGCAGGCCGAGUUUGCAGAGGGCGUAUAUUCGGGAGGUUGCGAAGCAGACUACUGUGCUUCGGUUGCAAGGCUUCCUCUUCUUCGGCACCAUCGCCUACGUCGAAGAAGCCAUCCGCGAAUUGGUCAACGGACCCUCGUACCACCAAAACCCCGUGCGCUUCCUCGUGCUCGACUUUAGCAUGGUAGCCGGCGUGGACAUGUCUUCCGCCGAAGCGCUCGUCCGCGUGCAAAGGUUGUUGUCGGCUAAACACGUUACGCUUGUUUUGUGCGGGUUUGAAGUCGGGUCGUCGAUUGGCAAGUCGUUGGAUAGUGUGGGGCUUUUGGGAGCUGAUUGGGUCGAGUUGUUUUUGACGUUCAAUGAUGCUAUGGAGUGGACGGAGAAUGAGUAUCUUCGAGCGUGGUAUAGGUCGCAGAAGAUGGAGACGACGGCGGUUACGGCGCUUCCUAUGCCUUCGCGGCGAGAAACUGCGAUCGAGUACCACCACCCCCUCAGUGGGUCGUUUGUCCGGUCACCUAGGCGGAGUCAUAUACGCGAUGCUGGAGAUCGCACCAUAGCUACAGAAAUCAUGGCCCAGCAAGAACCCCAAUACACAGCCGAACCCCUCAACACAAUCAUCAAAGCCUUCUCCUCCUACGGCGAGGUAGACACGACCCUCUUCAGCCCUCUCACCUCCUACCUCGAGGGCACCGCCGUCCCCGCGGGCCACGUCCUCUGGACACAGGGUGACGCCCCCGACGGGCUCUACAUCCUCGAAUCCGGCAUCCUCCGGGCCAUCUACCAAUUCGCCAACCCGGCGCAGAAUUUUGAAGAGUCGAUGGUGGCGGGGACGGUGGCGGGCGAGUUGUCGGCGCUGGCGGAUGCGGAAAGGAAUUGUACGGUUGUGGUGGAGAGUGCGGCUGUGCUUUGGAAGAUGAGCAUGAGAGAUUUGAGGAGGUUGCAGGUGGAGAGGGCGGAGCUUGCGAGGGUGUUUAUUCAGCUUGUGUUGAAAGCGGCUAAAAUUGACUUUGACAUCUUGUUGAGCGCUAUUGCGUCGCGCCGAUGA